CCCAUUUGAUAAACUGCGAGGGAGGAGAUUCGGCAGAGCGGAAGACUGCCUUUUGCAAGGAACCUGCAGCUUCUGAGCUCCUCAGGAAGGAUGGAAGAGGCUGAUCCUGCAAACCUAGCGAGGAUGGAAGGAGGAAGGUGGACGGUUGACCUGGUCAGGCUGCCUCCCACAACCUAUGACCGUUCCCCUGCAGAACCCUCAGAGAGAUCUGGUGAUGAACACAACAGUCAUUGUUCUUGGGACUCAAUAGAAAGAACCAAGCAUGAAGUCAAAGGAAAGACCUUUCAAAAUCAAGAGGAAACAAGUAUACAAGAGAAAAACCAAGAAGAGAUUGGGAGGAAUAAAGGUCUUCUUAAACAGACUGAUAACGGCCAUCAAAUCCCAGUCCAUAAAAAACAUCACAAGGGGAAGAGAAAAAACCAUAGCUCUUUAUGUGGCAAAACAUUCAAAGGUAAAUCUACCCUCAACUCGCACUGCAGAAUCCACACAGAGGAGAAACCGUGUAAAUGCUUGGUGUGCGGAAAGAACUUCAGUGACAGCCCAGGCCUAAAAUCACAUGAAAGAAUUCAUGCAGGACAGAAAUCCUAUGAAUGCCUAGAAUGUGGAAAGGGUUUCAGUUGUUACUCAAACCUUAGAAAACAUCAAGAAGUCCACAGUGAGGAGAAACCAUAUAACUGCUUUGAGUGUGGAAAGAGCUUCAGUCGCAACAGAAGCCUUACAGAACAUCAAAAAAUUCACACAGGAGAGAAACCGUAUACCUGUUUUGACUGUGGAAAGAGUUUCCAUCACAGCUCAGGUCUUAAAUCGCAUCAAAAAAUUCACAGCGGGGAGAAACUAUAUACCUGUUUUGACUGUGGAAAAAGUUUCCACCACAGCUCAGGUCUUCAAACUCAUCUAAGAAUUCACACAGGGGAGAAACAAUAUAAAUGUUUGGAGUGCGGAAUGAGCUUUGCUUACAAUUUGAGCCUUACAUCUCAUCAAAGAAUUCACACUGGGGAGAAAUCUUAUAAAUGUUCAGAGUGUGGAAGAUGUUUUGCUCAUAGAGCUAACCUUACUUCACAUAAGAGAACCCACACAGGGGAGAAACCAUAUAAAUGCCUGGAAUGUGGAAAGAGCUUCAGACAGAGUUCACACCUUACUUCACAUAAGAGAACCCACACUGGUGAGAAACCAUAUAAAUGCUUUGAGUGUGGGAACAGCUUCAGUCAGAGUUCACACCUUACUGUGCAUGAGCGAAUCCAUACAGGGGGAAAACCAUAUAAAUGUGUGAUAUGUGGAAGGAGCUUUAGUAACUGCACAUACCUUGUUAGCCAUCGCAGAAUCCAUACAGGAGAGAAGCCAUAUAAGUGCUUUGAGUGUGGAAAGAGCUUCAGCCAGGAUGCAGGCCUUCGUAUACAUCAAAGAAAUCACAGAGGUGAAAAACCAUAUACCUGUUUUGAGUGUGGGAAGAACUUCAUU